CGGGUCUGAAGGUCAGGAAUGCUUCCUCGGGAGCCUUUUCUAGGAGAGGACAAAGCACUUGGCUGCAGGCUCUCUGGGACGGGGUGGAGGGCGCGCAGAUCUUGCUGGGGACACGGCAACCUGCUCGGGGCGGGGGGGGGGCCGGACAGGACAGAGGACAGGAGAAGAAACAUCGUCCAGGGGGCCCCAUCCCCCAGGAGCACCUCACUGGCAGCACUCAAACUGGUGAAGCUGGAGAGGUUACCCAUUUCCAGUCGCUCUGCUGAGAAACAACUGGCCCAAUUUCCAUGGAGACCAGGGGAUCUGAAGGUUUGGAAAAGCCCUGGAAGAAAUUGGUGAGUGGGUCACGGGAGACUGAUGAUGUGCAGGACAAGGUGAGACCUGAGUUACUCUCAGAAGAUGAGAAAACACGCCACGCCAACCAAGAGACGCAAGACAGAGAACCCCGCCGCUCCAACCCAAUUCAGAGAAACUCCAUCUUCAACCGCACCGUGAGACGCAAAAGCAAAGGCAAACCCAGAGAUGCUCCGGAACAGAACAACACCCCUGACCCGGCAGAUUCACUGGAAAAUGGACAGUCUGUAAAUGAGUCCCUGACCUUGAAUUCCCCCCAGAGCAGGAUGUCUCGGUGGAGAAUCCCUAUACAGCCAGACCCAGGAGCCAAGAGAACAAGGUCACAGCGACCUCCCCCAAGCUUGAGGCAGCAACCCCAGAAGCCCACUAGUUCCCACAGAGGUCAGUUAAAGAAAUAUCUUUGUUGGCCAAAGGACAAGAUGUACCACCAGGGAACGCCAGUGCUACACUCAAUAACUGUAGAAGGAGGCCUGGAACCAAGGAUACAUCCAUGUAGGCUGUUUAGGGAACACAGAGUAGAGGCUGGUGAUGUUUGGGGACAGCUUAUCUGUCCACCCUCAUUUCUGACACCAACUGCAGAGUUUGAGGGUCCCUUACUCAAGUUCAAAAAUUCGGUAGAAGGACUCAGAAGUCACUAA